GUCAAUCUCUGCAACGCUUCUCCCUCGACUUGCCGUCUCUCUCUGUGUCUGUCUUCACUCUCACUCCUCUCUUCUCUCUCUCUCUCUCUCUCUCUCUCUCUCUGCACACCCACAUAAACAUAUGUUCUCUCUUUCUCUGUAUGUUGGUUUCUUCUUGUAAAAUCCACCCAUCAAAUCGGACGUCUCACACCUCUACACGUCUCCGUCGUCUCCGUCCUUGGCCUGCAACCCGCCACAUAUACUCACUGCCGCCUCCUCCUCUUCUUCUCUCUCUAGGGUUUCCAGAGACUAAUAACUAGAGGCGCCUUUCUCUCUCUCUCUCUCUCUCUCUCUCUCUCUCUCUCAGAGUCAGAGCAAACAACAAUUUCUCUCACCUGGAAUUCGGCUCCUCGCCUCUAAAUUUCUUCUCCUCUUCAGAGGGUGUCCGGUGGGAAUUCAAGUUCGAGAGUAGCGAAAAAAGGUGUAUAUUGGGAGUUCCUCUUUCUGUUGAUUUUUUGUGUGUUCGGUUGUGGCGGUUAUGUUGAAUGGCGAUUGGCAGGAAUUGCUUUAAGGUUUUGAGGUUUGAUUCGGAGUUUUCAUCUAGGAAGAGUAUGUUGAGUGGGCGUGAUGAGCUCCAGAGGCAGAGUUGUUUAGUUGAUUCAGAUGACGACCAGUUUGAUGACUUUGAUUCAGGAGCAGGAUCAGAUGACUUCGAUUUGUUGGAAUUGGGGGAAGUUGGGGAAGAGUUUUGUCAAGUUGGGGAUCAGACUACUUGUAUACCAUUCGAGUUGUAUGAUCUUCCGAGCUUGGACAAUAUAUUGUCCAUGGAUGUUUGGAAUGAAUGUUUGAGUGAGGAAGAAAGACUUAGUCUCACAGGAUAUCUUCCUGAUAUGGAUCAAGAGACCUUCAUGCGAACUCUGAAAGAGCUCUUUACAGGUUCCAAUCUGCACUUUGGUAGUCCCAUCACCAAUCUGUUUGAUAUGUUGAAGGGGGGACUGUACGAGCCGAGAGUUGCUCUGUAUCGACAGGGUUUAAUUUCUUUUCAGAGAUGCCAGCACUAUCACUUUCUUCAUAACUUUCAAAACUCUAUGGUCAAUAAUCUUCAUCAGAUGAAAAAUGCUUGGCUUAGUUGUAGGGGAUACAGCAUUGAAGAGAAGCUUCGUGUAUUAAACAUAAUGAAAAGUCAGAAGAGUUUAAUGUAUGAAAAUAUGGAAGAGUUCGAAACGGACUCCUCAGGAAGAGAUGAAGCGGGGGAAGAUUUGUGGAAUAAAAUGCUGAAGGAUUGGAAACAUGCACUGAGAACGGGUCAUCAUUCUGCACAUGGGGCAGGUUCAACCUUGAAACAUCCUUCCCAUGGGAAGCAAAUGCCCUUUGAACAGGGAAAAUUUGGAAAGCAGACCCUGAAAGGAAAAUUGAGGUCUGCUGGAUCAAAAACUUCCUCUUCAAAAGAAAAAGUCACUCGCUUUCCUUCUGUUCACUAUGAUAUAGGAAUGAGACUAGGUUCAAAUGGUUCAACACUGGCAGUUCUUCCUCGGAAAAAUAAGGCAAUGGGUUAUGGUUUAGGGGAUGCAAUCCAGAUGAGAGGUCAUGCAAGAGGAGAUGAUGAUGCUGAAGAGAAAAUGUAUGAAGUGGCUGUCCGGGGAGAUCAAAACUCCUCUCGAGUCAGUGCUAGUGAAAAAAAUGUUGCUUUUAAGACAAGAAAAAGGCAUCAAGGCAUGAGAGCCAAUAAAUAUCUUGUCAACGAGUUCAUGGGUUUGCCUGGGUCAAUGGAUAAUGAUUUACAUGAUUAUGGCAGCAGCAGCACAGUGAAUAAAUUAUCUGAUAUUAAACUCUUGACUACAAAACCAUCUAAUGCAAGAAUUUCCUAUGAUUCCAGAAAAAAGGUCAAGUACUCAGAGAAUGUUAUGCAAUUUCCAUUUGAAGAACAGAUGAGAUAUGGGAAAAUCAGGGCUCAGAAUUUGUCGCAAAGGAAAGGAAAUCAAAAAGAGUUAAGUGAACCAGUUUGGAAAAGUAAAGCACAAGGAGAAUCUUUCUCUGUUGAUUCAACCUUUAAAUAUGGUGCUUUAAAUGUUAAAAGUGAGAAGGGGAAGAUGGAGAGAAAGUAUGCUGAUAUUAAUGUUAAUGAUAGGUUGUCUCAGUAUGAGUAUGGAGCCAAGUUGUCACAGGGGAGGGCCAGAGCAACUUUUAUGCAGAAUGGAGGCCAAGAGGCAGCUGCACAAAGGGGCAGUAGAACAUAUGGCAAAGGUGAGGAAACAGAAUCAGACUCGUCAGAGCAACUCCAUGAAAAUGAGGAUGACAGUCCUUUGAUGGGGAGCAAGCAGGCUUACCCCCAGAGAGUCCGUGGUUCUUUCAUGAGAUCUGGUCCAAGGCCUAAAAGGUCUAAAAAAUUUAAUAAAGAUAAAGAGAAUGAUGCUGGGUCUCUUGAUGGGUUUUCUCACUCUGGGAAGAUGGCUGAUCCUGAUGAACAUCCCCAUACAGCUUUGGGAGAAAGCUACUCUUUGAAAGCAAAGAAAAAAGCUAAGAUGCAUGAUGAUAUUGGUCAAAUACAAAAUUCUGCUGCUAAACCAUUGGAAGAUGGCUAUCUCUCUGGUAGGUUAAAUGGGGAUGACAAUCAGAGACAAAUAUAUGAGUUUGGGAAUUAUGACCAGUUACGAGGUGGAGACACAGAAAUAUUUCACAUAUCCUCAUCGAAGGCCAACCAUGCAGAGAGAAGACAGAAAGGGGAACAUGGACGUGUCUAUUCUGUCCAUCAGUCAAGUUAUUUGAAUAAUUAUACUGUUGAUGAUGAGGAGGGUUCACUUGAAACACAUCAAUCAGCUGAGGAUGAUGGAGUUAGUGGUAGAUUGCGGAAGAAAGGUGAAGUCAGGGAAGCACGUCAAGAUGAUUAUUACGAAAGAAUUGUCCCCUUAUCAUUGGAAAAGAAGUGGAAAAUGAAGGAAGAUGAGAAUUGUGAUGAGGAGGAUGAUAAUAAUUACAUGUAUUCUACCCCUCAGCAACUACUUGAUGAUAUGACUUCUUCAAAGAAUUGGAGAAAAAGGAAAGUGGAGGAUUACUCUGUUACUUUUGAGAUGGAAACUUUUGAGCAACCUGUUGCAGAAGUGGGACCAGCAGAUGUCAAGCUAGAAUAUAGUUUGCAGAAAAAGCCGUUUACUCUUAUUACACCUACUGUGCAUACUGGCUUCUCAUUCUCCAUUAUACAUCUUCUUUCAGCAGUUCAUAUGGCAAUGAUAACUAUGCUUCCAGAAGAUCCUUUAGAGGUUGGAAAGCAUAUUGAUAAGAAUGAUGAAAGGCAGAAACUCGGGGAGGAGCAAGAUAGAAAGCAGGGAGGGACAGAUGGUGUCCACUUUCAUGAGAACUUGGGAGACAAAUCAGAGUAUUCUGUGCAGCUUAGUGUCCCUUCUCUUACUGUUCAAGAAAUUGUCAGCCUUGUGAGGUCAAAUCCUGGAGAUCCUUGUAUUCUCGAAACUCAAGAACCACUUCAGGAUUUAGUCAGAGGAGUUCUGAAAAUAUUGUCAUCUAAAACAGCACCUUUAGGAGCAAAAGGAUGGAAGCCACUUGUAUCCUAUGAGAAAUCUACCAGAAGUUGGUCCUGGGUUGGACCAGUUUCUCAGAGUCCAUCAGAUCCUGAAGCUGUUGAGGAAGUGACAUCUCCUGAAGCUUGGGGUCUUCCUCACAAGAUGCUUGUGAAAUUGGUUGACACAUUUGCUAAUUGGCUUAAAAAUAGUCAAGAGACCCUUCAACAAAUAGGAAGCCUUCCUGCCCCACCAUUGUCAGUAAUGCAAUUUAAUUUGGAUGAGAAAGAAAGAUUCAGGGACCUAAGAGCCCAGAAGAGUUUAAGCACCAUCAACACAAGCUCUGAAGAAGUGAGAACUUAUUUUCGCAAAGAGGAAGUUCUCAGGUAUUUAAUUCCUGACCGGGCCUUUUCUUACACAGCUGCUGAUGGUAGAAAAUCUGUUGUUGCUCCAUUGAGAAGAGGUGGUGGUAAGCCAACAUCAAAAGCUCGUGAUCAUUUUAUGCUGAAACGUGACCGACCGCCUCAUGUGACCAUUCUUUGUCUUGUGAGGGAUGCAGCUGCGAGGUUGCCUGGAAGUAUUGGUACCAGAGCAGAUGUUUGUACUUUGAUUAGAGACUCACAGUAUAUAGAAGAAGAUGUCUCUGAUGCCCAAGUCAAUCAAGUUGUUAGUGGAGCCUUGGACCGUCUGCAUUAUGAACGUGAUCCUUGUGUACAGUUUGAUGGGGAAAAGAAAUUGUGGGUUUAUUUACACAGAGAAAGAGAAGAAGAAGAUUUUGAGGAUGAUGGGACUUCAUCUACAAAGAAAUGGAAGAGGCAAAAGAGAGACGCUGCCGAGCUAUUCGACAAGGGAACAGUGACAGUGGCUUAUUAUGAGGCCGGUGAACAAACAGGGUUUGGAUUGAGUUCUGAUCUUGAUGUAGGGUCACAGUGCAUUGAUGAGGAUAAGAGAAUGGAACUUAUAUAAGAAAAUUCCACUAAUGAAGAUUUUGAUGAUCAAAGAUUUAGUGAACCACCAGCAGAACUUAUAAAUACAAGCUUUUCCUCAUUCUCCAGGCAGCUGCUUACUGAUUGAAUUGCUUGGCAUCGAAUGUAUUUGGUUGGAUUGAAAACAGUGCAGACUUGGGUUGACCCUUUGCAAAUUUAUAUCAUGGGAGAAAUUUAAUAUCUGCUCCUGUUGCUUGUAAGGUAGAGCUAUGAAGUUCUUUAAUUUCAGUAACUAAGAAGUCUGAUGCUCAAAAAUGACAGAUAACCAAGAUUUUAUUGUUAUUAUUUUUUUAGAAGAAUGAUUAUGGAUCUUUAUUUGCUUUUUACAUGCACUCCUUCGGCCUGAUACCAUUAAUACUGCAACUCUCUCAUCUUUAUUGUCAGUCCUUUUGUACUUCUUUUAUCCUUGUCAAUGUGUUGCUUAACCCCCAAAGAAAAACUUUACUUUUUUGCCAUCAAGCACUCAAUUAGGUUGUUGUAUCAACAAUGCUCUACAGAUUUUAUUUUCUGCUGAAAAACAUGUAACACUGUUGGUUCAGGUUUUAAAUUAACUCAUAAGCUUCAUUUUAUUGGUCAGGAAUAUUUGUAUACAAGGUAUGUGCAAGGCCUAAAGAUUUUGCAUCUGCAACUUUUCAUGUUACAUGCACAAGAAGUUCUCCUGAAAUACUCUCCUGUGGUUUUCUUCUCUUUUUCUGAGUGAAUGCCAACUUUCUUUAUUUUCCCUUUAUCCUUUAUUCAUUUCUGUGAAAGAUGUUGCCGUCUUUUGGCACGCAAUUGGUUGGGUUUCCGACAAAGUAACUAAUGACUUGGCAGGCUCCAUGUGGUCAUUACCAUCCUUUGAUGUAUUCGUAUAUUAGUUUGAAGUGCAGCUGCAUCCGCCAAAAGUUUGUAUAAUAGUAAGCUUUGGAAGGCCCAAAUUUAAUGUUCUGAAAGACCAAUUGAUUUCUCAUGAUUUUGCAUCCCAUUUUGUUGUUUUUCCUUUAAUGUCAAAGUAGAUGUUUAGGUUAUGUUUAAAUGCAGUGCAUUAUGCCACCGAAUUAAGAAAACUCUGCUCUGCUGUGGAAUCUCAGCUUAUUGUGUAUAUAUAUGUUAGAUGAAGGCUGAA